AAAAAUUGUUGAUAGUACGUUACGUUAUUUUGCUUUUGUACAGCAACAAUCCAUAGAAUUGGGUAAAGUUACGGUGUUUUAGAUACUUAUAAUUUAAUAAUGGAAGGUUUCGAUGAUCCCGGUGUAUUUUUUUCUGAUAAUUUCGGUGUUGAAGAGAAUGAAUCACGAGAUCAAAUUAACCUACAAGGUGUGAAGAAAAAGUUCAAAGAAUUCAUUCGUCAAUUCCAUACAGGCAACUUCAACUACAAAUACAGAGACUCUCUAAAGCUGAACUACAAUUUAGGACAGUACUGGGUAGAAAUAAAUAUCGAAGACUUAUCCAGUUUUGACGAAAUUUUGGCGGAAAAAUUGUACAAAAAACCGACAGAACAUUUGCCAAUACUAGAAGAAGCUGCUAAAGAGUUAGCGGAUGAAUUGACUGCGCCAAGACCAGAAGGCGAAGAGAAAGUAGAAGACAUCCAAGUGUUACUAUCAUCUGAUGCUCAUGCUGCAAAUUUAAGAGAGUUAAAAUCUGAAACUGUCUCCCGCCUAGUGAAGAUUCCAGGCAUAGUUAUAUCAGCUUCAGGGAUUAAAGCUAAAGCCACCAAGAUAUCAAUUCAAUGCCGAUCAUGUCGCAAUAUCAUCCCAAAUUUACCUGUGAAACCGGGUUUAGAGGGAUAUGUUAUGCCAAGAAAAUGUAACACGGAACAAGCUGGUAGGCCAAAAUGUCCACUGGACCCAUAUUUUAUCGUCCCAGACAAGUGCAAAUGCAUUGAUUACCAGGUACUGAAACUCCAAGAGACCCCAGAAGACAUUCCUCAAGGAGAAAUGCCGCGUCACCUUACCGUGUACUGUGAGCGCAUGUUGUGUGAAAAAGUAGCUCCUGGCGCCAGAGUAAUUGUACUUGGUAUCUAUUCUAUCAAGAAGAUUGCUAAGAUUGGGAGAGAAGGUCGCGAGAAAGGCUCUGUCGGAGUCCGUUCAUCUUACCUUCGCGCAGUUGGCCUUACAACCGAGGAGGGAGCUACAGGUGGCCUGCGUCCUUUCACGACAGAGGAAGAAGAACAGUUUCGAAGACUCGCAGCCUCGCCUGAUAUAUAUGAACGGGUAGCGAAGUCGAUUGCGCCAAGUGUGUUUGGCGCUAUUGAUAUGAAGAAGGCUAUCGCAUCUUUGCUUUUUGGAGGCUCGCGUAAACGCCUACCCGAUGGUUUGACGCGCCGUGGAGACAUCAACAUUCUCCUGCUUGGUGACCCUGGUACUGCCAAGUCUCAGCUGCUGAAGUUUGUGGAAAAAGUGGCGCCGAUUGGUGUUUAUACUUCUGGCAAGGGAUCGAGCGCUGCCGGCCUAACCGCUUCAGUGAUUAGAGAUCCGGGAAGUCGCAAUUUUGUGAUGGAAGGCGGCGCUAUGGUUCUCGCUGACGGUGGAGUGGUGUGCAUCGAUGAGUUCGACAAGAUGCGGGAAGACGACCGUGUCGCUAUACAUGAAGCUAUGGAACAACAGACUAUUUCUAUUGCCAAGGCUGGCAUAACAACAACUCUCAACUCCCGUUGUUCGGUGCUCGCUGCCGCAAACUCUGUCUUCGGUCGGUGGGAUGACACAAAGGCGGACGACAACAUCGAUUUUAUGCCGACUAUUUUGUCGCGAUUCGACAUGAUCUUCAUCGUCAAAGACGAACAUGAUCAAAAUCGGGAUAUUACUCUAGCCAAGCACAUAAUCUCAGUGCACAUGGGAGGCGACAGCGUGGAACGAGAAACCGCAGCAGGUGAAUUGCCCCUCUCCCUACUCCGCCGCUACGCCGCAUAUUGCCGCGCCCGAUGCGGCCCAAGGCUCUCCGCUAGUGCCGCUGAGAGACUACGAGCACGAUAUGUGUUGAUGAGAACUGGAGCAUCCCAACAUGAGCGACAAGCUGAUAAGCGGUUGUCUAUUCCUAUUACAGUUAGGCAACUGGAAGCUGUAGUACGCAUCUCAGAAUCUCUAGCAAAAAUGCAGCUGCAACCAUUUGCGACGGAAACUCACGUGACUGAAGCUCUACGGCUCUUCCAAGUGUCUACUUUGGACGCCGCUAUGACCGGUAGUCUUGCUGGUGCAGAAGGCUUCACUUCCGAAGAAGACCACGAAAUGCUGUCACGCGUUGAAAAGCAACUCAAGCGCAGGUUCGCCGUCGGCUCUCAAGUCUCAGAGCAAACUAUAAUCCAAGACUUCUUACGUCAGAAGUAUCCAGAAAGAGCUAUACUUAAAGUCAUCCACACCAUGAUUAGACGGGGAGAACUACAGCACCGUUUACAAAGGAAAAUGCUGUACAGACUUUCUUAAUUUCUUAGUUUUUGUCUAACAUUCAUUUUUUAUACUAUGAGUGAUACAAUACAAUCACUAGUAAGACGUGUGUUUUUAAAUUAAAACUCCAUUUUAAAUAUAUCGACUAU